AUGGAAGGCUGUGAUUCUCGCGUACUCGGCUACAUUUCUGGGACGUUUCAAUCCCCACUGAGUAAUACUUUUGUGGAUAGCCUGCAACCAAUUGCGCAAUCUUCUGCGAUUCGCAGCUCCACUGGAUGCGACAAUGCAACUUAUACAAUAAACAAAAAUAGUGAAAAUCAGUCUGGUUCUCUUAAUCUCCUCAAUCUCAAUAAUUUAUCCAGCAAACUUUUAUCAUUUAGUUUGCUUAAUGAAAAAAAUAGUACUCCUACUAAGAAAAACACGACUAUUGUUGGAGAGGAGGAGGAGGUUGAGGGACAUCACGCGAAUAUUGCUCUCAAUGAUGACGAAUUGCGUAACCUAGAAAAUGCUUUCAGCGAACUCUCUACUUGUCCUAGAGACACCGGUGCGAUUGCAACUCCACUACAAGGAACCGACGGAAUUGCCACAGACUUACAGACGGCUGAUACUGAUGUUGAUGGAUUGCCUUCGUUCUCGAUUGAUGAUGGAGACAAUGUGACUGAACCAUUGGAUGGCUGUCAAGUUCAAGAACAAAAUGAAAUUCAGUCCAGUGGAAAUGAUCUCGAUUGGCUGCUGGCCAGAACAGCAAAAGAGAAGGAAUACUUGUCAACUAUCUAUGAGUGGCAAAGUCGUGAAUCUUUCACCUCAACUACUGCUUACAACCGUAGAGCUGAAGAGAAGUUGGGUCUUACUCCGCAAGAAAAUACCGAUGACAAGGAAAAUAACACUUCUGCAAUCUUGAUGUCGGGAGCUCCUGCAAAUAGUUCGUCUGGUCCUCGCACAUCUGGUGUUCUGCAAUCUUCAAACGCUCUUAAUUCUUUUCCAUCUAUCACUAGUAACGUUGUAAACAGCAAUAACUUGGAGUUUACGAACAAUGCAUCAGAUAACCGAAGCUCAUCCAAGGUCUUCGAUCCCUGUGAUGGAGAGGAACAGAGAGCUAUCCCAUUCACCAUGUUUUCACCUCUCAGUAGUCCAGCCAAACGUAACGGUGCAGGUAGUAUUAACUUGGAUGGAUCCAAUUCGCCCAGAGGGAAUCCGCUUGACAUUUUUGAAAACGGUAUCCACCAUAAGUCCACUGCUGCUCCUCAAGUCAUUCCACGGUCUACCACACACCAGUAUGUUCCUGUUGUCUUGGAUACUAAUUUGACAUCCGCCACUCCGUCUAUGGGUGCUCAACCAACUGCUACCGUUACCCAUACCAUGCCGGCUGCUUCGGGAACAAAAGCUAUUGCUCCCUCAAGUGUAAUUCCGUCUGUGACAACUACUGGCAAUUUGGAUGCGGCUUCUUUCACACUGGGAAAUAUUUCCAAAUUUGAUGCGAAUUCAUUCACACUUUCGAAUCUCUCGAAAUCGGGCAAUCAAAAUUCCGGCGCUUCAGGCAAUAAGACAAAUGCUGAAAUGGAUAACAAAAAACAUCCUCUCAUGGCCACGACCAGAUGUCUGCUCUGGCGAUCAGCUACAUAUGAACACGAAAGUAAACAGCAUUUCAUUCUACGCCAAGAUUCAGACCGUGUUAUGAGAUUGAAGUUGGAGAUCAUUGACGGCAUAGAAUCCUUUUUCUUACUGGAUCACCGGGGUCAGCAGAUAUCCCGAAGAUGGCGAAUUAUCGAUCUGCCUCCUCGACUUGCUUGCACUAUCACUGUUGUAUAUAAACCACGUCCACCACUCUCUUGGCAUACUGGAAUUCUCGCCUUCUCUGAACUACCAGGGGUUGGGGCUCAUCCUUCUGGAACAGAUGCGAGACCUCGUUGUUAUGUGCAAAGACUGAUUGGAUAUGUUGGUGGUAGUAACAUACUCUGUGGCAUUUGUCGAGCAGUCGAUGAGAGAACCUAUUGGACGUCUGCUUUCUCUACACCACAGGAUGCUCAAGACGAAUCUUUUAGCUUCAAAUCUCAAUCGCCUACCUAUUACGCCUGUGUAUCAGUGCGAAAUACAGGUUUACGAAGCGCCUGGAUCUACGCUGUUGCUAUGAGACCGAAUGCAGAUCCAAAUAUUUCCCAAACACCACUAAGUGGUGUAUCGAUUAGGCCCUCAAGGUUCGUUCUGCAACCCAAUCAAUCUCAGAAUGUUACAAUUGGAAUUUGCGAUGAAUCUCGAGAAAUUCAGGUCUUUUUCUAUACUGGAGAUGAGGUCCUGCGGUAUCUAUACAAAUCUAGACUUAUUGCCGAAGGUCAUCCUAGUCCAUCCUUACCCUCUACUAUUCCUAAACCCCAUCGUCGUCUCCGUUCUGCUUACGUACUUUGUCCUUUCGAGGGAGAAGCGCAAGAAAUGCUAACUGAAAUCCCUUCAACUUUUCAACGUGAUAUGUACGAUUGGCAUGAGGCAUUGGUUGACGAGCAGCGUUCGUGUCCACCGAUCAGCCUCACAAUCUACCCUCUUCUAAAUGAUAAUGCCCCAUCUUCAAGCUUCGAAGCUUCUAGCUCUCUCAUUAUCGGUAGCAAUCUGGAUGGUGAUGUUGAAAAUGUACGAAUGGAGGAGUUAGCCCGCUUAGAGCAUCAGAGUACAAAGGUCGCCUUCGAUGGGCAUUUGUCUUCAUCUGCACUAUUGACUGGUGGGGAGCGCUCAGCAGCCAAGGAAAUGGUUCAGUUGAGUUCAGCCUCAACGGCGGUUGGACAGCAACAACAAUCUGCCUCUAUUGCGUAUGAUGACCUUCAGCUGUAUAAAGAGUCGACUAUUUCCUCUAUGAAACAUCAAGGUGAAGAAACUGGGUCCCAUCCACCACCUUUAAUAUCCAUUCGGCCUGAGUCGCAACUCAUUUUCGCCCCGUGGAAUUAUAAGAAGCCAACGACCGGUAUCUUGGAGCUCAAGCUUUCUCUACCAGAAGUUGGGCCCACCACCCCUAACAAUACAAGUACUAAUACCACUUGUUCGACAACAACAACAACAUCCUCAUCAACUCGCCGACGAAGAAGCAAGACCUGGCGCCUCUACUGGUCGGCAAGACCAGUAGCACAGACGAAGCCCUCAGUCUUCUCCAUCAUUCUUCCGGCUAUUCCGUUGACUGUCCAGGCCGACCAGACGCACUACUUUGCAUUCCGAUUUGAACCCCCACAUAACACGCCACCCGGAACUCGAUUUGAGGAGCGCUGGGAAUUGAAAUUCCAGUUCUCGGAGGAUAUUACUGCCUCGCUGUUAUCGAAUUCAAUGUCUGAGGAUAAACCAACACAGAGCGUGGAAGUACUGUUUGUUGCCACUACCGCGUGUGAUGCUGCCAUUGCAAUGGCUUCAUCUACAAAGAAAGCCAUUGCUCCCCAACUUCCAAUCAAAAUCAAGAAAGUUCCCCUUUUAUUCCAUCGUGAAAGCCAGGAGCUCCAGUGUGAAAUCCUCAAUAUUUCCCAAGAACGCGUUAUAAUCACUUUGGGGUUGUUCAGUUCGCCUCUAUUCGAGCUGGUGAAACCAACUGCUCACAAGUUCUUUAUUGAACCCCAAUGUAGUGUUCUGUUGAGAAUUCGAUGUCGAAUGAAGAAUGCCCCGAGAGCGUCAAUUGAAAAGGAAAUAUCUUCAACAUUGACCUUAAAUUGUGCUCUUGAAAGUGAUCGAUCAAAUAAACAAGAGAUCUCCAUACCAAUGAAGACAAUUCUGUAG